AUGGCUUCACUGCCAUUCCCAUCUUCUUCUCCCCCAACCCUAACAAGAUGGUACAUUGACACCAGGCCUCUAACGGCCACAACCCAAUCACUUCCCCUCCUCUCUACCCUCCAAGAAUCCGAUCAAACAACCAUAAAAGCCUUCUACAACCUUUCAGACCGCCACAUGUCUCUCGCCUCCUAUCUAUUGAAAUACCUCUUCAUUCACCGCACAUGUCGAGUCCCCUGGAACCAAAUCAUCAUCAGCCGUACUCCGGCCCCGCAUAAAAGACCCUGCUAUAUCCCCCCCCACCCCCCGCAGCCAUCUCCACCUGCGGAUGGUAAUCAAAACCAGAAUCCCCUGAUUCCAGUCCCAAAUAUCGAAUUCAACGUCAGCCACCAAGCUUCCCUCAUCUCAUUGGCGGGAUGCAUUAGCCCUUCACCACGAAGCUUGGAUGAGACGCCCUCCCCUCAACCCCUCUACACCCCGAGCGCAAAUAACAACCACAAUGAUAAUAAUAACCACGUUCCCAGCCCCCCUCAAAUAGGCAUAGACAUAACCUGCACCGACGACCCAUCCCGCCGCCACCGCGCCCCGCCACGGACAGAAGCCGAACUGCACGACUUCAUCGACAUCUUCGCCGAAGUUUUCUCCGCAAACGAACUAGCUGCCAUGAAGGCAUAUCCGAGGAGCAGCAGCGGCGGCGGCACCGCGAACUUGCAGGAAUCCAUAACGCACCGCAUCCGCCUCUUCUACACCUACUGGGCCCUGAAGGAGGCGUAUAUUAAAAUGACGGGCGAGGCGCUGCUGGCACCCUGGCUGCGUGAUCUGGAGUUUGCAAAUGUUGUUGUUCCGGCGCCGCCGCUCUCACAUCUAUCUCCAUAUCCGUCUACGUCUACGUCUUCGUCCUCGCUGUGGGGGGUGCCGGAGACGGGGGUUAGGGCUAUGCUAUAUGGGCGUGAAGUGCCCGAGGUGCGUUUGGAAGUUGUAGCGUUUGGGAAUGACUACAUCUUUGCGACAGCGGGUAGGGAGGGUGGGUUUGGGAAUUCUAUGGGACCGCAUGAGGAGGGGGCGCGGUGGGAUGAGUUUCGCUUGGUGGAUAUUGAGAGGGAUGUUGAGCCCUUUCUCACUCCUCAUCGCCAGAGCGCACGUCUUGCUCGUGAUCGUCCCAGCUCCCCUCCUGAUGCCCCUCCUGCGCGCGAUCCCGCUCCUGUUGAGGAGGUUGCCUCCGACGAUGCUGUGGGGGUCGAACGCGACGAUGACAACAUGGAUGCCUUGGAUAACGAUGAGGACGCAGGCGAAGCAGUUGGUGAGGACGUGGGCAGCGGUGGCAGCGUUCGUGAAGAUGACGAGAUGGUGGACGCCCCUGCGUUGUCCCCUGCUGCUGCCUCUCCUGCCCCCACCGAUUCCACCUCUCUCGGCCCCGCCAAUCCCCCCCCCCCUUCUUCCCCCGCCGGUUCCUCCCCGUCGCCCGCUCUUCGAGAGGCGCUGCGCGUCUUUAUCCUCCACGCCCCCCUCCUGCUCCCACUGUCUCCGACAAAACGCGAUUUCAUACGCAAGUGUUGUACGACACAACCCGAUUCGCCAGUUAUUUGUCCGUCGCGCCUCUUGCCUAUCGGAUGA